AGUAUUGUUUUUUUCGCAAAUUAAAAUCAGUCAUCAGAAAAAAAUCGACAAAUGCUCUCAUUAAUUAUAUAAGUACUCUAGUUAAUUUGCAAAAAUAGAGUAUCACACAUAUAAGUAGGAGUAGUCAAAAGAUUGAAAAUAAGUCUGCGAAACAUAUUUCUGGUUUGACGCCGCAAAGAUAGAUGAUAGGAGCUAGAAAUCUCCGGUGGUUUGGACUGAGGCGGCGGCUUUCCACCUCGCCCAACUCUGCUCGUCGUGGAAUCGCUACUUCAUCCCAUUCCCAAGGUUAAGCACAUCUAAACUUAAAUUUCAACUGAUUUACUCGGUUUUGAUUGGUGGAUAUGGAAUCAGAAAAGUGGAGGUUGGAAGAAUGGUGGAUCCUGAUACCAACAGGCCUUUUCGGUGUUGCUGCCUGGAAUUUCUUCCGUGCCCGAGCCAAGUGCAGGAGAAGGUGCACAAAUACAGGGAGGGAAGACUAAAACUGAAAGCGCUUCAAGGCAACCGCAUCUAUACUGAGAGCUUGGAUUCUGUGGAGUUCAGGAGGGUGGUGUGUAGAGGAGUUUAUGAUCACAAAAACUCUAUUUUAGUGCACAAAUAUAUCAAAAUCAACUCUGGAUAUUGGAAACAUGGAUACAACCUCCUAACCCCUUUGCAUCCCAUCCCCAAUGAUCCUCAAAGCAUACAGUCUGCUAUACUUGUGAAUAGAGGAUGGGUACCCUUGGCGUGGGGAAAAGAGGCACUUGGGCGAGAGGAAGAGAGCGUUGAACUGGUUGGAGUAAUAAGCAAGGGUGAGAGGCCAAACAGACUGUGGAGAUCAAACAAUCCUGCUAAGUCCGAGUGGUUCACAGUUGAUGUUCCAUCCCUUGCUCAUGCUUGUGGACUCCCUGAGACGACACUCCAUGUUGUGGAGAUCGAUUCGAGCAGCAAGAUGAAUACCAGGAAGCCAUACCCCUUUGCUUUCCUCGCAUGUCAAGUCAAGGAAAUUUACUUGUCUCAGCUAGAGCAUGCGCGCUAUUCAGCCCUCGGGUUCUUCAGUGGAUGUUCUGCAAUGGCCGCGGGUCUGAAGAAAUUUGGCAAACCCUGAUGGUUCUUUUGUGUAUCUUAUGUUUUUACAACAAUGCAGAAACAAGGUUUAGUUCAUGUGAUGGAAGAUGGAGUAUUAAUUUUGAUUUUGAAAACUAUCUGAUGCACAUUUAUCAGAACAUCCUGUUGGGACACAAAAUUUAUUGCAAAUAGUACAUUACAUUUCUGUAA